CCCCCAGCCUAACAGCCGCCGCUGGCACUGUGGUUUUUCCUUGUGUGGGUGUUUCCUUCCCACCCCCCUCAUGGGGAUGGGCUGCCCGUACACCGGGGCUCUAGGGCUGGGUUAACAGCACAGAUGCCUAGUGCCGCCUCCUCCUCUUUCUCUCCCCCCCCCCGCUGUCAAUUGAUUGUUUUGGGGCUCUGCCUUCCCAAAGCAGUAAAGCAAUUCAGCUCCGGCUGAUCCAUCAUAUGUAUUAAAACAGAGACUUGCCUGCAUUGGGUUUCUUUUAUUCUUCUCUCUCUUUCUCUCUCCCCCCACCCCCCCCGCGCUUUUUUGGGGCGGGGUGGAGGAAGGCGAGCCGGCGGGGGGGGCUUUUGUUUGGGUUUGUUGUGUCUCCUCCCCUCCCAACCCAGCCCCACCGUCCUCCUCCUCCUCCGCCCACCCCCACCUUGAGGGCAAGGAGAGAGAAGCCGCCUCUGCCGCAUCGCAUCGCAUCUCUCUCUCUCUCUCUCUCUCUCUCUCUCCACUCCUUUCUCUUCCUUCCCAUCAGCCCACCCUAACCGGGGCCCCAAUGCAAUCCGAUGCGUCCCCGGUAAGGUUCCCCCUGCGAUACAUUGUGCCCUCUCUUGUUUCGGGAGCCUCCACCCACUGGCCCACCCUACAUUUAGCACAUCAUGUGAUCCGGGAUAUUAACACAUUGGAAACAGAAUGUUAAUGCUUGAUGGGAUGCCUGCAGUCAGAGUCAAGACAGAGCUGCUGGAAUCAGAACAAGGGUCUCCAAACGCUCAAAGUUACCCAGAUAUGGAAGCUGUACCCCUGUUGCUGAACAGCAUGAAGGCAGAUCCAGAAGAAGACUCCCUGUCCACAGAUCAUUUCCAAACGCAAACUGAGCCAGUGGACUUGUCAAUAAACAAAGCCCGAUCAUCCCCUGUUGCUGCUUCAUCUUCACCAGCGUCCAUCGCUGCCUCGGCGUCUUCUCCUUCGUCUUCUUCAACAUCCUCUAGUCGGCCAGCCUCCUCACCAACAGUAAUAACGUCCGUAUCCUCAGCAUCGUCUACACCAUCAGUAUUAACUCCAGGCCCGCUUGUGGCUUCUGCAUCAGGUGUUGGAGGGCAGCAGUUUUUGCACAUAAUCCAUCCAGUACCCCCUUCAAGCCCCAUGAACCUACAGACCAACAAAAUGAGUCACGUACACCGCAUUCCGGUGGUGGUACAGUCAGUACCUGUGGUCUACACAGCUGUGAGAUCACCAGGGAAUGUGAACAACACUAUUGUAGUACCGCUACUGGAGGAUGGGAGAAGCCAUGUCAAAGCACAAAUGGACCCACGUGGCCUAUCUCCCAGACAAAUUAAAAGUGACAGUGAUGAUGACGACUUGCCAAAUGUGACCUUGGAUAGUGUUAAUGAAACUGGAUCCACUGCCCUCUCUAUAGCCAGAGCUGUUCAAGAAGAGAGCAUGUGGGGCUGUGCCAGGUCAGCUGUUAACACUUUUCGUUUUUUCAACUCCAGGGUCUCUCACAAGAUGACAAUGACCUUCAGGGAAUCAGCAGGAAUUGUCAGAGAAUCCAAGAGUUCAAUUUCACCAUUUAGUAUUGAGAGCACAAGACGGCAGAGGAGGUCCGAAUCACCUGACUCUAGGAAGCGCCGCAUCCACCGAUGUGAUUUUGAAGGGUGCAACAAGGUGUACACAAAAAGCUCCCACCUGAAGGCUCACCGGAGGACGCACACAGGAAAGAGAAUAUCAGGACAAGGAUUGAAUACAAGCAAUCCACCACCACCCCAAAAAACACAAACCUGGAGUACUAGGUAUGUGUACACAGGAGAGAAACCAUACAAGUGUACCUGGGAGGGCUGCACCUGGAAGUUUGCUCGUUCAGACGAACUGACGAGGCACUACCGCAAACACACAGGAGUGAAGCCGUUCAAGUGUGCAGACUGUGACCGGAGCUUUUCCCGUUCAGAUCACUUGGCAUUGCACCGCCGAAGGCACAUGCUUGUCUGAAAGAGGCUACAUUGUCAAAACAAAAAAAAAUGGAAGUACCGAGAGCUGGGUCUCUUUUCACUGCGGUGCAUUCAGCAGGGCUGAAUCCCGUUUUGAUGGCGUUAGCACAAAAGGGGGCAUUCCAUGUUGUCCCGUACACACAAAGAAGCAGGAACUGUAGUGCCACUGUUCCCUCUCCCAUCUGAAGUCGGCUUUCCAGCAUGGGCAAAGUUAUCCCCUUCAGCUGGGAGAUGAUAGCCUAAAUGCUACAAGAGCGGGCAUUAUUUUCUACCUGUGUCCUUUUAAAAGUAUUUAUGGCUUGUACCUUUUUCUCAUCUGUCACACUUUUUUCUCCUGAAGAGUUACUGCUGUUACAAAGACCGGAUAUCAUCAAUAUUUGAAAAGAACAAGCCCUCCGGACCUCCUCUUCGCCUCUUUCUCCUUUUUUAAAAUUACUAUCAAAACACUGCAAAAUAUCACCACACUCGAUUGUUGAGUAAUCAACAAUCAACAAAGCCAGCUACACAGACUGGGAAGAGGAAGGAUAAAAAUGAAGCUCUUUGAAGCAAAAGGAUUGCUCAGCACGCUUAUGCAAUAAAGAUGGUGGUAUUUUUUACAUAUUUACCCCUUUGUCAUUACACCAGACUCUAGAGGCCACCGAUAUUUUAAAAAAAUCCUUGUUUUAAAAAAAAUCUCUUUCAGUUUUUGUUGGAAUCUAUAAAACAGGCAUCAGUAACAUUUCAGUGUGAAAUAACUGUCUUUACAUCUGUUUGCUUAACUUAUCAUAGGAAGAGAUGAUUAAAAUGUAACAUCCUGGUUCCACAACAGAAAAAAUAUGUUAGACCCACCAUCCCUAAACCAACAUAACAUUCCUUGAAAAUAAGGAAUGUUGAAACAUACAUGUACAUCGCUUCAUCUCUCAUCACUUUCUAGCUCAACAAGUGUUGACUCAUAACUGAAUGUGUGAACUGACCCCAUUGCACAGCAAGUGUGGGAAGCAAUGUGAUAAAACCUUUUGAUUGGCGGUGUUUGCUCUGCAAUGGCUCAUUCACACAUGCAGGUCCAUCAAGUUGAUGCUGCAGUCACCAUGCUGAACAUGCAUGUGUAAAACGAGCUUCUGUCCUGCUUGAGAAACUUACUUUCAGUCUAAAUGUGCUUAGAGUUGUAGCCUCUUAAGAACCGCUGUUCCUGAAAAAGGAAUUGAAUGCAUCAACAGGAACAGUGAAGAAUGAGCUACUUUAAGCUGAUUUCAUGAGGUCUUGCUGUUUCCUAAACAUAGAGCCUCAGUUCGGAAAAAGUAAUUGUGACUAAGUCCUAUUAAAAGCAGAUGUUUGUUGUGACUAGUCUCAUUUCAGCAAAACUUGGUCAUGACUAAGUUGUGCUGGGUUGAGACAGAGUGGCCAGAAUGGGUAGGCAUUCCAAAAAUGUGUGAAGAGUGACUGGAGCCAAAGAACUGCUCUAUGUAUAUCAAGGAGCAAUUUUGACAGAUGGCAUGCACUGAUCCCAGUAACAUUUUGUUCUGGAAGAAAGUAGCUAUCAUGGACAGCUUUUGCCCAAAAGUUCCCAAAGAAACUAAAUGCCAACAAUGUAGGUCUCUUGUUGCUGUGAUCAUGUUGUUUGAAGGUAAUGAGAGUUAGAGCUUCCUUUUCCACCUAUCAUCCCAUAUAUAACAGACGAGACAGGCUGCAACAACAACAAAUUAAGCAUUUGGUGGGCCACAGUCCCUGACUUUUCACACUCUGGCUUAAAAUAUUCUUUAAGAUGUUUGCUUAUAUACUAGAAACCAUAUGUUUACACGGUUCGCCAUUUGGAAAUAGCUUAUGAAGAGGGAGAGGCAGCCCACCUGCACAUCCAUCACACCGGCAAUACAUGCAUUUAGCACCUCACAGUCCUGCCAUGUGAUUUUUAGUUGAAAGGACCAAGGGAAGUGCAUGUACCAGUGUAAGCAAAUAUGUGCUAAUGCGCAUGGUAUAUCGUCACAGUGCAGCAGGGCACGUAAAAGUGAUCAUUACAAUGCAGCAGGGCACUACACUGCAUGUCCCAUUUCCAAAUGGCUGGCCAUUGACACAUAGCUUAAUCAUCUUUGGCUGGAAACGUUUGGUAGCUAGAGGAUAGGAAAGUGUGAUUAGAAGUUGGAUCAACAAAUUAUAAAUCAUAAAAAGCAUGUAAGAACGGGCUCCCUGGGUUACAGGCUAUCUGAAGAAUUCAAGCCAGACCUUUGAAACAAAGGAAGAUUCUAAGUAAUCCCUGCACAGUCCUAUAAUUGUUAACCUAUUUCUAAUGCGGAAUAUUAAUGGCUUUCUUAGGAAUUAGUCAUACUGCAGCUCUUGGACACCUCAGAUGUCUAAAAUACUCAGCUGGCGACGGGAUGUGUCAUAUAUCCUAACAUACUACGAGUGGUUUCUUGAAGAUGAAAUAACACAAAAAGCACAGAAUCAAAGAUCACUCUGUCCGCCACCUCUGGCCCUGUGCCCACAGCAAUUGCACACAUUUUCUACAAGUGUAUACAAGUUAUACCAAGCAGGAUAGACACAGAAUGCAAACCCUUUGGAGCUAUCUGCAAACUCGAUGGGCAGCAGGCAGCCAGAUCUAUGCACUUUUAAAUUCCAUUGAUUUCCAUGGGGAUAGUGAAGCUUGUGCUGAAGCUCCUAUAUACAUUAAUUGGGAUUAACAGAGCUUAACUGUGGCUGGAUCAUUCCCGACAUUUGCAAGUCAGCUCUUGGUGCUGACAAAAUCAGCCAGCCCUUCACUAUACCAUUUGAAGGACAAAUUUCAGCAUGACAACUUGUUUACAGAAUGAGGGGAAUUCCUAGAUGAGGUGGUUUUGUUUUUUUCACAAAGCAGUUUUAAAUUUGUUAGUAUGGACUGAAUGGGACAAGAGAUUUUGUAUUUCAGCUUUGCUUAACUGAUGCCUAAAGAUCCAGGGGUUCUCAUUGUGCAAGGUAGCCCAAUAGGUACAGGGGCUUCCCAUCCAGACACAGGAUGCAGCCCCCCCCCCAGCCCCAGGAAAUAAAACAGCAAACCAUGAUUUAUGGUUGAAAUAAAACAGCAAACCAUGAUUUAUGGUUGAAAUAAAACAGCAAACCAUGAAAACAGGCUGCAACUUUAUUGAUUACAGCAAGUAAGCAGGGUUGGCAUGGCAGUAGGGGGAUAAUCCUCUUCCAUUCCAACAGCCCUUGCUAAGGGAAUGCUCGUCACCCAACCACCAGUUGGGAAGCUGCCUUGGGGUGUUGGCCAGCGUUAGACAAAUGUGCAAGACAAAUGCGCUUGGGAUCCCACUGGGCAACCAGUGGCGGUGGGUGGGGGUGUGCUGUAUGAGGCUAGGGGCGUGGCCUGUCCAUACCCCAUUAGACCCUUUAUGGUGGUCCCCUUAUGUUUGAUCCUGCCCAAUGCCAUUUCCGCCUCAAAUUGUGACAGAAGCACAUGGCCGCCUAACAAUUGAAGAAGCAUUCACUGAGGGAUAGGGGGGAAACCCCUACUCAACCAAGAGCCAAUUUGAUUGAGAGGAUUUCUAUCCAGCCCCAGUGACCCAUUUAAGAAAAGCUCAGUGAUGCACUAAAACCAAGAGAGGGUCGGUGGGUGGGGAAUCGGGUGUGUGAAGAAAGAGGACAAUGGCAGCAAGACUGAGGUCUUUAAAGGCCCAGGCAUGCCCCGCCCCUUCCACGAGCUCUUGUGCGAUCACCCAGGAUUACAGGCAAUCCCGGAAGAGCUGGAAUGUCAGCAGGAGGAUUGUUUCACAAAGUAUUUCACUAGGAAAGGAUGUUGCCAGACCUUCAUGUUAACCUAAUUGUAUCAUACCCUGAACGAGCUUCUGUUUAAUUAAUCACUAAUAAACAGUAAGAUAUUUUUUUUAAAAAUUAAAUUGGUCUGAACAAAAACAACUCAAAAGUAACAAUCACACAUCAGUUUUUAAACAGCAUGUGCAUAUUAAAUGGCAGGGCCACAAUUUAAGCGUUAAUAUAAUAUAGGCUAGUCUUUAACUAAAUAAUAAGCAGCCUUCACUAUUCAUUUUCCCUGCUGUGCAAUCAGCUGUCACAGAAAUCUAAGGAAAUAGGAUUGUGUGGAAUGUGAUCUUGGUUUUUCCAUAGCUCUUUGUUUCUUCACUCCUUAUGAAUAGGCAGAACAUCAAAGCAUGCAAGAAACAACUCAUAGAAGCUAGUUUUAUCAGUAGCUAUUAGACAUGCUGGCUAAAUGGAACCUACAUGAUCCAGCGCAGUAUACUGAGGUUCACUGUUAUGCCCUGCUUGUGAGUUUCUAUUGUAAACAAGAUGCUAGAGUGGAGAGCACUCGGACUGAGCUAGAAAGGCAAAGCUUAUGUUGAAUGACAUAAUGGCUUUCCUCGUCAUAUGCAGUUACGACAGCAAGGAGGAGUAUAUUUAUAGUGGACACCUUAGGAAGGAAGGAGUUAGCUAAAUUUAAUACUGUAACGACUUUUUGUUUUUCUCAUUAGGUUUAUACAUUUCCAUGUCAGGGUUAUCUCUCUAGCAUCCCAUUUUAUUACCAACUGAUAUAGUCUUAUAGUUCAAUACAUUUCAGUAUUGGGACUUUCCUGCGAUUAAAUGCAACCCAAGGCCCUUCCAGACGUACCGUUUAUAGCUGCCGUUUGUUCCAAUGUUUUUUGGAGCAAAGUAGUAGCAGACCAUCCACACCAACACUUGCUCAUUGCUGUUUUGGGGGCAGUGAUUGCACAUUUUCCCAGCGGCACCAAUGGCAGGAUGGCUUUUGAAAUGAGAAAACUUAUGUGGCUCUACUCACACCUCUUGUUCCUUCAACCCAUAAAAGCUGGAGUUAUGAGCAUGCAUACAGGGUACUGAUAGCCCUCUCAUGGUUGUUGUGUUUUAUGGGAUUUUUUUGGUAUUUGAUUGCCUGUUGCCUUUGGGGUCUUUUUUUUUAAUGUAACACCUGAUAGCCUGGAAUUCUGCUCAUGGGAGAGAUUAGGAGAUUAGACAGCAGGAACUGCUUGGGUUCACUGUUUUGGCCUGAGCUAAUCUCCUGCCAAAAAGCCAAUGAAGGAAGAAAGGUGCAACCCAAAAGUCGCUCAAAUAGCACAUCCCAAACACUACACAACAUGCAGGAAAUUGCACAAAACAAAUUAAAAUAUUGCAGAACCAUUCCAAUUCUUUCGCAAACAUUGGAAUUUUUUGCAAUAGAAAAAAAGUGGUGUGAUGACUGUAAUGUUCCGGAACAGUGAUGAAUAACAACAGUAUGUGGGAGCAUCCCCCCGAUGGGGCAGCAGCUAUAGCUCUGCAAAUGGUACAUCUGGAAGGGCCCUUUGUCUCAGUACACAAGCAAUGUAUGUUUUGAACCAUGUUCAAAGGCAAGAGAAUGGCCUUCACAAAAGAAAGUGUGGAGGUGUUUUUGUUUUUAGCGCUGCUGUUAAAAGUAGCUUGCCACUAGAAAAUGAUUCCAUUAGGAAUGAAGUCAUCCCUUCUCCAGUGAUCUGUUCGUUAAAACUGUAAAGGGGAAAGUUCUCUUUCUUAUGUUGCAGUUACACUGUUACUCUGCUGGAAAAGUGAAUUCAAAAACAUGUAGAGCUACACUUGUAAAACUAUUUCAGGUAAAACUGGAUGUACGUUCAGAAGUAAAACUUUGGAAUUUCAGAAAUGUUCACUUUUUGAUACAUUCGCUGUAAAAUUUUGCCAUAUAAAUUAUACAUGCAAAAAAAAGCUCCCUGAUUAUGAAGAUGGCACACCCAUGCAAUUGUGCCCUAUCUUUGGAGCAAUAACUCGCUCAGACUAAUGUGGAAAACCGUAUAUUGUAUCAUGUUAGAUAGAAUCUGACAGUAUUUUCACUGAAUAUGGACCAGCUUGCGUUCCCUUUCACUGAAGAUGGUACUGCCAAAAUUAACCACAUUUAAGCCCCAUUGAUUCUGAUGGGAGAGCUGCAGUGACCCAGAACUGCCUCCAACAGAAAUCAAAGUGGCACCAAAAAUGCUUAAAUUUGAGCUAAUAAAUAACCAAGGUUCUGAUACACAUAGCAGAAGAGGUGAUAUGAUGUGGGUUCUUCUAUGCAGUGCAUCUGUUCCCACUUAGGUCCAGUUCAUGAACUUCUUUCCCCCUCGUAUUCAUGGUAGAAGGGAAUGUGCAUGCCCGCUCCUCCAGGCGAUUGUGUGAACUGGCCUUUUGUGAGCAUCACAUGCAUUGUUGCUUGGGCAACCUCCCACGUGAGAAAAUCUAUUUUGUGGUAAACUGACAGCAUCCAAGCUAACCUAGCCCAGCAUAUUAUAGGGCAAUGUAGUGAUCCUUAGCACAUCAUCUUCUCUUUUAAUUCAUUUAUUUUUUAAAAAAUGAAACUAUCAAGCACUUUGAAAGCAGCCCCUUUGCAAUGUCAGUUCAAACAGGGAAUAAAGAGGCAGUUACUCCUUACACUGUACCUUGUUGAUUAUGUUGACUUGGAUGAAAUAAUCUGUUUAGGUUAUUGCUGAGUAAUUGGUUUUGCUUUAGAUGCCAUAUCAAUUUUACUUUCCUUGAUCAGAUGUAUCCAUUAUUAAUACUUGGGAACUUCUUAUGUGUCAUACCUUCCCAAAACAGCAUUGAAGCAAUACGCCGUUCCAUGCAAAUGUAUCUUUGUACAAGGGUGUCUUUGAUAACAGAUAAAUUCCUCAAUGGCAAAUAAAAAUCAGUAGCCCUUUCAGGUUUGGGGGAUAUGGGGUUUUUGUUUUAAAAAAGGUACAUCAAAAUGUAUUAGUGUAUAAGUUUUUAAAACAUUGAUUUUUUUGCCCCUUUUUAUUUUCACAUGGAAAAUACUGUAAGCUAAGCAUAAGUUGCCAUCAACGUCCUUUUGUCUCAUGAACUCACCUACAUGUCCCCACACAAGUGCACAUGGCUAACUAUGUGCAUGUGUGUGAUCUGAAAUAAGAUUUAAUAAUGCUUUCAAGAAUUAAAAAAAAGAGUUGGAAAUAGCUUUUCUUUAGGCUAAAACAAUUUUACCUUAUUAGGAAACCAGCUUGUAUAACUGUAUUAUGCCUUUGCCUGUGUUUUAUAGAUGAAGAUGUAUAAACUUAAACUGCUAUAUUUUCACAGUUUCAUUUUUAAAAAAAAAAACCCGUAACCGUGCAAUGUGUACUCAACAAAUCAUGCCCAUUGGUACUUUGAAAUAUGCUGACAUCAAACCGAUUGCAGUACCAACACCGUUUUUUAGUAUGAACCUCAAUUAUAUGGAUACUGCUUCUUUACAACAAAAAAGAAAGAAAAGAAAAUAGAAUUGAAGGUAUUUUACUGUACUUGUAACAGUUUCAAUAUUCUGUAAUAUAUUAUGUGAUAGUGAAGAAGUAUUUUCAAGCUCACAGUUUUUCACAGGAUGUAAAUAAUUGAAAUGAAGGAUGUUUUUGAAACGAGCUUUUAGUUGUCAUCACCAAAAAUGUGCUCAGAAAAUGCAUUGCAAAGCCUUCAUAAUACAACUAACCAUUUUUAAGAGGUGAGAAAGAAUGAUCAAGUUUGUCAAAGCAAGUCCCUGAUGUAUCAUGCACUCUGGUUGCUUGGCUUUGUGAUUACCUGAUACUGUGUCAAUAUGGACAGUGGAGUCACUUUGACUUUCUGCAAGUUGGGGUGGAAUGGGGGAACCAAAAUGAAAAUACCAUUGGCCAGUAUCCAGAGGCCUGUGGAACUGGUUUCAUGUGCCCAAGGAACAUUUUGGGUUUCUCAAGCAGCAGCCCUGCCAUGAUGCAUGGUAAACCACUUUUGAAACUGACCCAUGUUUCACUAACAAUCUCUAACAUGGCAUGGGGACAGGGAAGGGGAGUUGAAAAGUAAAUUGUUUUUCUUAAAAAAACAAACUGCAAGCCCUUGAAUACGCUCAAUGCCUCUCUUUGGAUCAUGAUCUUCAGCUGCCAGAUUUUCUGGCGAUUUUUAUGAACAGUAAACCUUUUAAGCUUUUAGCAGGAUAAAGAAAUCAUCAGGACUUGCAGAUGGAGGACAUAAUAGGUCACUUCACAUCUUGCUGCUUCCAAUUAACUGGAGUAACAAUACCAAUCUAUUUACAUGGUGGCAAAAUGAGGUAUCCCAUAAGGUGUUUAAUGGUGGUAUGGGUGUCUUUACUCCAGUGACACCUGUUGGGAAGCCAAUGGAAAGUCAAUGCACAUAAUCCCAUAAUGUAUUUGAUAGUGGCAUGGAUGGCUUCACUCCAUUGACACCGGUUUCGAAGCCAGGGCACGUGAUGACUUUCUAGUGCCCAUAAUCUGGCCAGAAGAAGAAAGAGGCUGUUUCUGCUCUUUAUACAUUAUAAAGGAGCAGACAUUCUCCACCCUGGAAAUCAGUCAUGUGUGAAGUGGCCUCAAGCAAGGUCUUGAUUUGUUGUGAGAUAUGGCCCAUAGUUUUGAUCAGCUAACUAGGGGAGUGGGGGUGGAAUCACACAUGCAAGGAGGCAUUAUUUCUAUUGUUUAAUAUGGUAGACUUUUCAUUAAUUGUUAUUCUUCUGGUUUUCCUCCUGUACCUUUUCAGCAGAAUGCAUCUGCACAACUAAAACAGGUAGUCCUUCUUACCUGAUUCCAGCAGAAUUUAACCUUUCAGAUAUAUUUGUAGAUCAAAAUGAUUCUGAGCUGGUUCGCACACUUACCAAGGAUCCUCUUUGUGAGGUGAAGUGAGUCCCUCCCUUCCUUCCAUAAUUAAGAUAAAAUAUGAUGGAAGUGCUCCAUCUGUAUGACCAGAUUCUCCUCAAAAAAGCAAGAGCACAUCCGUCAGCCUCCACUUGUAUACAAUCCCAAGGAUGAGGCAGUUGGUGCAGGGGGAGCUUUGGACCCACUCCUUCACAUUGCAGAAAAUGUCCUUGGCAGGUGAAUGCCAAAAGAAAGAAUGCGAUAAUGAUCAGAUGCUUUCUGUAAGAAUCACUACAAAUAAAUCUCUAGAGGUGAAACAAUUUGAAAAGUGCCUGUCUAUGAACAUUAGAGCAGAUGGGGAUGUUCCCUAUACUUUUUACAUAGCAAUAAACUGCAAUUGAAUUGUUACACAAUUCUGUUU